AUGUCCCAAGAAACGGUAAAAGUUAUAAUUGCCGGAGCUGGAAUUGCUGGCCUCUCCGUAGCCGUCGCAUUAAGACGUCUUCCGUAUAUUGAGAUUGAAUUGUUUGAACAAGCGACCGAGCUUCGAGAAAUUGGCGCCAGCAUUGCCAUAAGCCCCAAUGGCCUUCGCUCACUCGAGAAGCUCGGUGUAUUAAAUGCUCUCGACGAAGAUGUUGCUUUUCGUGGUCCUUCUGCUAUUCCUAUGAUUUACAGACAUUGGAAGACAAAUGAGGUUAUACACCAGGACUACUUCGCUGACGUUACUGUCCGUCGCCACGAAACAGCAAGAUUCCAUCGUGGACAUUUGCAUGCAGCACUACUGGAACAUGUCCCCUCGGAUCGCAUUCAUCUUAGCAAAACGGUGGUUUCCGUGGAAGCAUCUCACGACAAAGUAACACUUCACUUUGCGGACGGAACUUCCGCACAAGGCGAUAUUUUGAUUGGCGCGGAUGGAAUCCAUUCGGCAUAUGUUGUGCGACAAUUCAGGUUCGUGGAGCUUACUAGGUUGAAACAGUGGGGACCAAAGGAGAACUUUUUCGCCUCUCGACUUGGGAAGAACCAGUAUACCACUGUCGGCAAUUUCGAGUUACCGGUAAACACGGGCGGUAGGACCAGGAAUGUACAAUGGAAUGACGAGGAAAAUGUUGAGAUACUACGACAGCGCUACAAGGACUGGAAUCCCUUGGUCAAAGCCUUAGUGGAUGCAACGCCCUACACGCGCAUUUAUCCGAAUCACGCUGGCGAGCCUCUCUCAAAUUGGGUGCUUGACUCACGAGUGACCUUGGUCGGUGAUGCAGCGCAUACUCACGGGGGUGCCUUUGCCGCGGGAGGCUCGCUAGCCAUUGACGACGCUUAUGCACUAUUUCUUGCCUUUCGACAUGUUUUGGGCUCGUUCCGAGUUCAGAAGCCAAGGGCAUAUGAGGUCAGAGAUGCGCUCGCCUUGUACGAUGAGACGCGGCGUCCGCAUACUGAAAGGCUCUUAAAAAUUGUUCUCAACGGUAUUGGGGCCCAGGCAACAAACAAAGACUCCGACGAGAUUUUAGUAGAAAGAGUUCGGAACAAACCAAACACAACAUGGCUUUCAGAGCACGAUGUGGAGAAAACAUUUCAGCGCGUCUUACAAAACAGAUCUGUGCCUGGGGAUAAUCCGGUAGAGCAGACUACAAUGUUGGUCAUGCACUUAUUACUAUGCUUCUGGGACCAGGAGAGUUAUAUCCUACUCGUUCAGGAUGCCUCGCCCCUAGGAGAGCCAUCCAGCGGGCGAAGACUUUGGUUUCAAAAGGGUCGAAAGUACGAUCCCGACGCAAUUGCAACUCAGCCUUCGGUCUAUGAUAAUCCAAACACCGCACAAGAAUAUCAGCCAGGCGAGGAUUGGGAGAAUUUGCAUCGAUUUGACCCAUCCGCAAGAUGGACUUGGGGCGAGGAAAACCGGGUAAUCCGCAAGAUUGAUACUCGAAUCAUGAUAUUUACCGCUAUCAUGUUCAUGGCUCUAGAGUUGGAUCGAGCAAACCUUCACCAGGCAUUAACAGACAACUUCCUCAAGGACUUGAAUCUCACCACUAAUGACUAUAAUUUGGGGAACACUGUUUUCAAACUCUCUUUCCUCUGCGCGGAACUUCCCUCUCAACUCGUCAGCAAAUGGAUAGGACCGGACAGGUGGAUUCCUACGCAAAUGACCCUUUGGUCGGCGGUUGGUAUGGCUCAAUACGGGCUCAAGGGUCGAUCGUCCUUCCUCGCCUGUCGGGCUCUUCUUGGACUUCUCCAGGGUGGAUUCAUUCCCGAUAUCAUUCUUUAUCUGUCCUAUUUCUAUAAAUCGCAUGAGCUAUCUGUCCGACUUAGCUUUUUCUGGACAGCUUACAACCUGGCUGAUAUCCUCGCCAGCUUUCUAGCGUUCGGGCUAUUGCGCCUACGUGGCGUUCAAGGCCAGGCAGGCUGGCGAUGGCUAUUCCUCCUUGAAGGCCUCAUAACCCUGCUGGUUGGCCUCAUCGCUUUCAUCCUAAUGCCGCCAGGACCUUGUCAAACUGCCAACUGGUCGAGAGGUAAGAAAGGCUGGUUCACUCCACGCGAAGAAACAAUAAUGGUAAACCGCAUCAUCCGCGACGACCCAAGCAAAGGCACAAUGCACAACCGCGAACCCAUAACACCCAAACUCCUCUGGAAAAGUCUCUGCGACUACGACCUCUGGCCCCUCUACGCUCUCGGCCUCACAUGGCUCACUCCCAUGACGCCACCCGGUCAAUAUCUAACACUCACACUACGAGGCAUGGGCUUCAACACAUUCGUUACAAAUCUCCUCACGAUCCCUUACACAUUCGCCCAGAUCCCCACCAUGCUUAUCCUCACAUACCUAUCGGAGAGAUUCGGCCAUAUCAAUAAGUGGGUUGCAUGGGUUAUUUUGACUAUUUUCUUAUCUAUUCCUUCAGCACACCCAAUUCAAGUCGCCUGGAACUCCCGGAACUCGAACACCGUCCGCUCACGCACGGUGUCUGCUGCCGUGUACAAUAUGUGCGUGCAAGCAUCUGGGAUUAUUGCCUCAAAUAUUUACCGGAAAGACGAUGCGCCCCGCUAUAAGAGGGGAAACCGUGUUCUUGUUGGCUUGGUGGUUUCGAAUAUUUUUAUCUAUAUGUUUACCAAGGCGUACUAUGUUUGGCGUAAUGCUAGUCGGGAUAGGAAAUGGGAUGCUAUGUCGGAGGAGGAGAAGAGGGUUUAUUUGGCUACGACUAAGGAUGAGGGAAAUAAGCGGUUGGAUUUUAGGUUUGCACAUUAG